UUUUUGGGAAAAGGAAAUUUUAUUAAUAAAGAAAAUUAGAAAGUACAAAAGACAAAAAACUGGAAAAAAAAAAAGAAAAAGAAAAAAAUGAAAGCAAUAAAGCUAAACUUAAUAGUAAUACCCAACCCAAAGAAUAGCAAAAAGCCCUCCCAAUCUAAAACUUAACCCUCAGACAAAUCUUCAAAGCUCAGCUCGUGAUUGAGAUCUAGUUCUCAUAAGAUGUGAUCGUUGAUUCCUCUUCUUGUACCAGUAUCACAUCUUGGAUUUGAUGAUGACCUUUUCAUUUUUCUAAAUGGGGAAUCUAAAUCUUUGCAGAAUUUUAAAGACUUUCUAUAUUCCUACCAAGCACCUUCAGGUCAAUCUGUUAAUCUGGGCAAAAGCUCUUUUAUUUGUGGAAAAUUUGCUAGAGCCAGGCUGAAAAACAUACAUAACAUUCUGGGCAUGCAGAAAGUGAAUCUCCCCCUCAAACACCUUGGGGUUAAUCUUCACAAAGGAAUUAACAGAUUUUCCUAUUGCUCAAAUCUAAUCAAUCAAUUCGAGAAGAAACUAUCUCCAUGGAAACAAAGACAUCUCAAUCAGGGUGGAAGGCUUAUCUUGAUUAAACAUGUUCUGAGUUCCAUCCCUCUUCAUAUUCUUGCAGCUGAUACCCUGCCCAGAAAAGUCAUCAAUACUCUAGAGAAAAAAAUGGCAGCUUUCCUUUGGGGCUCUUAUAAUGAUAAACAUAAGUAUCAUUGGGUUAAAUGGUCUGAGCUAUGCACUCCCACUGAGGAAGGAGGUUUAGGUCUCAGAUCUCUAAUUGAUCUAGAAAGAGCUUUCUCAAUCAAACUAUGAUGGAAAUGGAAGUCUGGUAAUUCAUUUUGGUCUGACUUUCUUCAUUGUGAACAACACGGCUGAUGCUUUGGGUGUGGUGUCGAGAAAGAAAACAAAAGACGUCUA